AUGUGCAAGGUUGAAGCAAUAGGUUUAAAAAACCAUAUACUCUUAAUUUUAAAUCUCUAUUAAAAAUAAUUUUAGGAUAUACAAACUUUAUGUCUGUGGAUUUUGGCAAUCCAAAACUUUUACCUUGGCAAGAAUAUGCAGAAAAUGAGUCCAACAAAUUUAAAAAAAACAAUGUGAUAUUACUGGAAAAGGAUUUUUUAGAAGCUGCUCAAAAGGAAGGCCUACUUCACACUUUAACGGAGGACGAUCUUAUUUCUAAUGGAAGCACCUUCUCUAACAAGAAGCCAUUAUACCCUGGUGAUGCAUAUUUGCUUUUGUUGUCUUGCAAACGGCUUCGGGAUGUCUGCUUAAUUGAUAUUUGCAAAAAACUGACAAUAUGUAACUUGAGCAAUAAUUUUUUGCAAGAUAUCAAACCAAUUCGAUGGUGUGUCAAUUUGAUCUGUUUGGAUAUACAUUCUAAUCAGAUCAAUCAUUUACCCAAGCAUGACUUCUGGCGUUCACUUUCCAAAUUGACAACACUGUACAUGCAUGAUAAUGGAAUAUAUAAACUUGAAGAGUUGAAAUAUCUAUCCUCCUCGCCAACAUUGUACAAUCUAACACUAAAUGAUACACCAAUCAGUAUAAAAAAGAACUAUCGACAUUGUGUAGUGAACGCAAUAUGGACUUUGAAAGCACUAGAUCAGUGCGUCGUGUCGGAUGAAGAAGUCAUAGAGGACGCAGAUUUUCCUUUUCAGUUCAAAUCUAUGCAUUCUCGAUUCUUUUUUAAUUCGUCUUACCUGGCAGCAAAACAGGAUCAAUCAUAUAGCAAAACUUUGCUUCUCAUUAACCAAGACAUGUCAACAAUCAAUUCUAUUCAAUCGAGAUGGUGUCCUGUGUUGGUCAUUCAGCGUUACAUUCGGGGCUUUCUUGUCAGACUUCGAUAUAACUACGUUAUGGAUGCGCGCUUGUGGGCUGCUGUAUCUAUUCAAAGAUUCUAUCGAAGUUUUAAAGGCUACCCUAACCCUCCACCGUCCACGCCCAUCACACAACAACAACAAGACAGUUUGAUAUAUCAGAGCCUAUCCUCUCUAAAGUUGGACUACGAAACAUAUCUCAAGUUGAGACGCUCCAGACAUAAGAGCUUUAUUCCGUUAAAAUCAGAUAAGUCACUUCAGCCUGAAAAGAAACUGCCACUCUUAAUAGAAGGUGAAGUUAUAAAUGUGCGAAAACAUAUCAAUAUUGACCUUGAAAAGCUACAAGGAAAGGCCGCCAAAAUAUUAGAAAAAGAAACAAGCUCGCAUAUUGGUAAAGUUAAGCCUGGCAAGACGAAAAUCCAGCGGUUGGUUCUAUCUUCUCCAGUCGAAAGGGAGCAAUUACCAAAGGAUGUGAUCCAAUUAGCUAAGACAAUGGGUCUGCUUGAAUCUAUAAGCGGUUUGAAAAAACGGUCUAAAAUAGGUAAGUAUUAUACACAAUACGAAUUUCUUGGAGAAGUAAAGCAGACAAGUGAAAAGAAUAAUGACAAUGCAGACAGUGGAUUUCGUUUAAGCGUACAGAAGCCUCACACGAUGAAGCACGACCCCUUAGUGGAGCUGAUCACGCGCACCGUGGAAGGGGCCGAAGACAUAAGAAAAUCUGUCAGAGAAAUAGAAAGGCAGUUGAAAAGUGCACCAGCACUAAAGAAAAAGUUACAAAAGAAGAAGGUGAAUGCUGACCAGAAGCUGUUUCUUAAAACACAAGGCUCAAUGGGACUGUCUUAUUUUCAGGCAGUUGACAAAGCAUACAGAGACCGGCGUAACGCAGAGGUUUUAGUGGGGCGAAGGAACCAUGUGGGACAUAUACGGGACGUCGAACGUAAUUGCAGGGAUCGAGUGAGACGACACAAGAAGAAUUAUCAAGCUGACGCUGUGGAGGGAAAACUAAGCGAACGAAUGAAAAUACUCAAAGCUGUUGAAGAUCGUAGACAAGCCAAUAACGUAUCUUUCGACCAGCUGACCGCGAAAAGAACAGCUAACCACGAGACGCGAAAUACCGCUCGCGAAAAUUAUAAAUUCGCGCUCGAGUUUAACUGUCAGAAUGCUUCGGUUGGAAAAGCUUUGGCGAACCACGAUCGGAUAAGUCGCAAAGAAGAAACGACGGAACAGAAAGCGAAAAAAGUGAAAGAAAUUAAAAGCAUAAUGGCGGAGAGAAAAGGGUUGGCGGAUGAUUAUAUGGGUGGUAAGAAGUCGGCAAUGCAAGCUGAGACUGUAGCGAUGAAACACAAAAUUAGAACGGUACUAGCUGAGAAAGAGCUGAAUAGGAAAGCGGACUUGUUAAAACUUUUAAAAUCGCGAACAGAGAAACAAGAAAGGGGUUUGAGAACACCUGCACUGGCCAUAAAGGAGUUGCCACCACCAAGUGUUUGAACGUAAUUUUUUUGUGCAUGAUGUCUGUUGCCCUUUAAGUAAUACUUUACAGUAAUUGAGAUUCUUUGUUGUCAAAAACUUUAAUUUGUAGAUAUUUUUCCAAAUAUAAUUCCCCUGUCUUUUAUUCAGAGAAAAGUAAAGUUGGUGUCAAUACUAAUUUUCUACAGCUGGAUUUAAAUGUUUCGAUUGUCGAUUAUAAAAGUGCAGUCAAAUACAGCAAACAAACGUGACGGCCAACUAGCCGAUUGUACAAUUAUGAUCUUACAUUUUCGUCGACAAGAAAAAUAUCUAUGGUGAAAAUUAUGCUACGUAUUAAAAAAAGAGUGAAUUUUGACACACUAAAUGUUUAACUGUCUUUCACUAAUACUAUUCACGCGGUCUCGUUUUAGUCGAGCACCAAUCAUCUAAACCUUUUGAAUUAUAAUUUUGCACCCUAAAGUAUGUCAAAUAUUAUUUUUAAAUUUAGGUAUGACAAUGUAAUAAUUGUGAAUUUAAAUAUUUAAUAUAUUUAUUUAUAUUUUUAUAAGUAUAAAGUGUACAUAGUUUUUAGUUGUGAAGGAUUGUUGUUAAACAAAAUGAAUGAGUUGUAGCUAAACAAUGGUUGAGUAUGUUUGUCUGAUAAUACUGUUGCAAUUUUCGCUCUUACUUUUUGCUUUUUUUCUGUCCAUAAGUUCUCGCAUAUCUUUUUUUACACUCUUUCACCUUUUUUUUUUCAUACGUUUUCACUUAUUUUUUUGAAUGUGUUUUCACCUAUUUUGGUUUCUAAAACUGCUGAAAAUUAGAUAAUAAAAAAAAAAAUUGUUAUGGGCAAUGCGAAAUUCACGCAACCUUAAAAGGGUGAGUGGGUAAAAGUUUAGAAAAUUAUUUUUUAGGGUAGAUGGGGUAAAUAUUUUAAUGCUGUAAUCUAUUAUUACGUAAUUAAUAAAUGACGCCUGACGAAUGUCUGUACUGUAAUGACUGACGAAAACACAAAAUUUAACACCCUUAUCGUAACAGAAAGUCCUGCUAGGCAGAGGAUAGCCAUAACUUGUCAAAGCGUCCUGUUUUAGUAAAUCUUUGAAAGAUCUAGUUUCUCCAUUUGGCACGGGGCUCAAAUCAUUUGUCUCCUUAUUCUUUAUUCUUUGGUACGAAGAUGAUAGCCUAAACUAAUCAUAAUCUCUGUGAAAAUGCAGCGUUUGCAGUGUUUUUUAGUCGACACAAGAACACAUUCCAGCAGAGGGAAAGUUAGUAAUAGGCAAAUCUCGACGGCUAGGAAACUUUGUUAUUCUAUUUACAAUUUUAAGCAUAACAUCUCAAACAUAUUCUUAAAAAUCAUCCCCAACUCUCAAAUUUCCCAACAUAUGUUAGAGCAACAUAUUUGUAUUAACAACAGAUUUGUAAUAAAAAAACAUCACCACCAGGUGACAAUCCUAAAUGAUUCUCUUCAAUCCUUUACCAUUUCCAUAUAUUUUGUUGAAAUUCACAAUUAAGCUGUAAUUGUGCAUCGAUUUUGUAAUACAGACAGCUGCUUGUAACAUUGUUUUCCUUAUAGAAUACAUAAACACACAUAUAUUUCUAAUGUUGCUGUGAAGACAAAUAUGGACGAAAAUAUAACCAACGUCGAAAAAGAAUGUCGCGAACAAAUCCAAGCCUAUGUUCAUUGUGUAGAUAACAACCCGGACACUUGGCAAACUGUUUGUCAGUCAGAGAAAAGGAAAUUAAACCAAUGCUCAUCAGCGAACCCGCUCAUCCAAUUCAUCAAUGCAUCGUGUGAAAAGGAAUUUCAAAACUAUAAUACCUGCUUAAAGGAUAAUCCAGACAAACUUCAUUAUUGUUUCGACGUAUUGGAAGCCUUCAAUGAAUGUGCGUCCAAGGCAGCUGCUAUUUUUACGGCCAAAGACAAAAAAUAGGAUGAAAUGUAUUUUAUAUUUAUCAUUUUUAGAUUUUUUUAUAUAGGUAAAUACAUUUACAUUGUUUAA